CAAAUAAAAGGAACCCAAAGGCCCAGAGCCAUUGGUGGUCGCUUCUGGAACUGUGUCCUUAUCCAUCAACCAUGGCCACAACCCCAACCGCCAACUUCCCUCUCCUCCGUCUCCCCCGUCCCCACUCCCGUUUCUCUCUCCCACCGUCACCAUCCACCACCCUCCUCCGCCGCAAACUCCGUCCGGCUACAAUCAGAGCCGCCGUCGUAGGCGACGGCGACUUCGGCGCCAGAGACCCGUUCCCGGCGGAAAUCGAGAGCAACUUUGGCGAUAAGGUGAUUGGAUUUUCCAAUACAGAGCACAAGAUUCUAAUCCCCAAUGUCCGAGCCCUAGCUCUUUCUCAGCAACAGUGCGUUCCAAUUUCAUCCCUGCAGGCUCCAAUGCCCGAAGAUGAAGCCCAAAAACUCUUGAAGAAGGUCGUGGGGUGGAGAUUGGUGGAUAAUGGAAGAGGCCAAUUCAAACUCCGAUGCUUGUGGAAAUUGAGGGAUUUCAAAUGCUGUGUGGAGUUGAUUAAUAGAAUCUCCAACGCUGUUGAUGACGCUAACCAUUUUCCAGAUAUUCACUUGGAUCAGCCGAAUCAAGUUACGGCAGAGCUCUGGACUUCAGCCAUCGGAGGUUUGAGUAUGAAUGAUUUUAUUGUAGCUGCUAAAAUUGAUGAGAUAAAAACCAUAGAUCUUGCUGCCAGGAAAAGAGCUUGGGCAUAGCUGAAUCUCAUCUUCAUUUUCUUGACAGAAAAAUUUUCCCAGGAAAGUUUUCUUCUGAAUUUUUGUUUUUGUUAAGGCCUCUUGUAUAUGAACUGUUUGAUGAUUUGAUUUCUUGGGGCUGCUUGAUAAGCAAUUAGGAUUGGAAUUUGAUCAUUUUAAUUUAUUUCUAA